AUGCACCGCGAGCACAACGCAAGCCUCGACGCGUGCUUCGAGGAGUGGAUCCGCAUGCCGCAACAGGAGAAGCAUCUGCGGAAGCAUGUCAUCUGGACCCCGAACGACGACCUUGAUGGGCAUCUCGCCGAGAUUGGAUUCCCGCAGCGGGAGCACCUUCUGAUUGCGGAAAUACAAGGAGAGACACUCGAAGAUCUCAAAGCGAUCCUUGAACAUCCAGAACUCGACGAUCUGUUCCGGGGCCGGACCAAAUGGGGGCACCCGUUCGAGAAUAGCGACUGUUUCAGCUCUGAUGUCACGACUCGUUUGGCUGUGGAUGAGACUGGCCGUGUUGUUGUGUUCCCAGACAUCCCGAUGUAAGUUGAUUUGCGGGAGUCGGAGAGCUUUUCGUACAAUGUUUGUCACGUUGAUAUUGAAUGGAAGUGAGUCUAAGAUGAUGAAGGAAA